CCCAAAUGCGCCGGCUUUAACGGUUCAGAAUCUUUGCACCUCUAUAAAUGGAGUAUAUUUUAGUUUAGUAUACUCUUUUUGUCCCUUACCUCUUGUUGUCUUCUUCUCUCUCAUCUACAGCACGCUGAAACACUGGACUUACCAGGGACAGAGGAGAGAUCUGAAAUCUAAGCGAUGGCAAGGACGUCGUCUUGGACAGCAUCGUCGUCGAGAAAGAAGGAAGGAUUAGGGUGGAUAGAAUGGUUAAGGGGAUGGAUGUAUGUAAUACAUGAACUGCUGUUUCAGAGAAUUAUGGCUAGUCACUUACAAAACCCUCUUCCUUUGCCUCCCAUUAACGACCUCACUUGCAUUGUUACUGGAUCCACUAGUGGUAUCGGCUGUGAAAUUGCCAGGCAAUUGGCAGAGGCAGGUGCCCAUGUUGUUAUGGCAGUGAGGAACCCAAAGACAGCACAUGAAUUAAUCCUGAAAUGGCAGAAGGAAUGGUCUGGAAUGGGCCUCCCACUCAAUGUUGAGGUGAUGGAGCUUGAUCUUCUCUCCCUGGAAUCAGUUGCAAAGUUUGCUGAAACAUGGAAUGCACGCUCAGCACCUUUACAUGUUCUUAUUAAUAAUGCUGGGAUAUUUUCCAUUGGAGAACCACAAAAAUUUUCAAAAGAUGGAUAUGAAGAACACAUGCAAGUGAAUCAUCUGGCUCCAGCAUUGCUUUCAAUAUUGCUUUUGCCAUCCCUAAUUAGAGGCUCACCCAGUCGUAUUAUCAAUGUGAAUUCAGUUAUGCAUUAUGUUGGCUUUGUUGACACUGAAGAUAUGAAUGUUGUUUCUGGGAAGCGAAAGUAUACAAGCUAUGUGGGAUACACUAGCAGCAAGUUAGCACAGAUCAUGUUCAGUAGUGUUCUUAACAAGCGUCUUCCUGCUGAAGCUGGCAUUAGUGUAGUUUGCACAUCCCCUGGAAUUGUCCAUACCAAUGUUGCAAGGGAUCUUCCCAGAAUUGUGCAAGCAGGUUAUCACCUGAUACCUUAUUUCAUCUUCAGUCCUCAAGAGGGUUCAAGGAGUGCUCUUUUUUCAGCCACUGAUCCUCAGAUUCCAGAAUACUGUGAAUUGUUAAAAGCAGAUGACUGGCCUGUUUGUCCAUUCAUCUCUCAAGAUUGUCGACCAGCAAAUCCUUCUGAAGAAGCACACAAUAUUGACACUUCCCAUAAGUUGUGGGAGAAGACAUUACAAAUGAUUGGCCUGCCUUCAGAUGCCGUGGAAAGAUUAAUAGAAGGGGAAGAAAUUACAUGCUGCCACACGAAUCAUCAGGAGUAGUUUUUGUUGCCAUCAUACGGAAAAGUCCUAGUUCUUAACAGGUAGUUCACGUUGAUUGAUCAUCCCAUAUGAUUGAGUCUGGAGCACUUAUUAGUCGAAGUUGGAUUAUUAGGUUUUCAUAGGUAUUGGUCCCAAAAUUUGUAAUCAUAAGGGACUAACAUUUUUCAUGCUAACUUGAGAUCAACAUGGAAGUCUGAUAAAUUGUUGCUAUCGGAAAAACCAAUUUAUUUUCUGGAUAAUAAUUAUUAUAUAACCACAGUUUUUACCCCCCACUAAAA